AUGACUAACGAGAUAGUGUUUAUGACCGGAGGCGGUCUCCUCCUUAUUCUCAAUCUCCAGCUUCACGCUACAGAAGAUCCACAUCUCAUAGCUGUGAUUACUAUUCGCUUCCUCCUAGAAGAAGAUACUGUAGGUCUAUUUCCCCAGGGGAGAGAAGAUACUGUAGAGAAAGGUCAUUCUCACAUUCACCAGGCCCAUUCUCCAGUGAGGACUCGAAGCAGGAAUCGGAGCCUAAGCCAUAACAGAAGUAGGAGCCCUUAUCUUGUACAUUACUCGAGAGAACCUGGUAAAGAUGGGUCUUCUAGCUCGCAAAGGCGCAAGGCGUGGAAGUUUAGUUUCAUGUUUUAUUUGUAG